CGUACGUGAAUGAGCGGCCGGAGCCAAAAGGGAGCGAGCGGGCGAGCGCGCGUCACGUGAGCAGGGAGGACGCCGCCGCCUCCCUCAGCCCGUCAGUCCCGCGCGGUUCGCUUCCCUCGCAUGCUGCGCGCUGCCGCCCCCUGACGCCGCCCCGGCCUCCCCCUGCCUCAGGCGGGCCCUGCCUCAGAAGAGCGGACCAGGCCCGGCUAGGCCGCCGCUUCCCUCUUCGCCUCGUCCCCCGGCGGCCGGCGCCCUUGAUGCGGUUCGGGGCCCGGCGGGGAGAAGAUGCCGCCCUCCAAGUCCCGCAAGAUCGCCAUCCUGGGCUACAGGAGCGUGGGGAAAUCAUCACUGACCAUUCAGUUUGUGGAAGGACAGUUUGUUGAUUCAUAUGACCCUACUAUAGAGAACACAUUUACAAAGCUGAUUACAGUAAAUGGGCAGGAAUAUCAUCUUCAGGUUGUCGACACAGCUGGCCAGGAUGAAUACUCAAUAUUUCCUCAGACCUACUCCAUAGACAUUAAUGGUUACAUUCUUGUCUACUCAGUCACAUCAAUAAAAAGUUUUGAAGUGAUUAAAGUUAUCCAUGGCAAGUUAUUGGAUAUGGUGGGGAAAGUCCAGAUCCCCAUUAUGUUGGUCGGAAAUAAAAAAGACUUGCAUAUGGAACGGGUGAUCAGCUAUGAAGAAGGGAAAGCUUUAGCAGAAUCCUGGAAUGCAGCUUUCUUGGAAUCUUCUGCUAAGGAAAAUCAGACUGCUGUGGAUGUUUUCCGGAGGAUAAUUUUGGAGGCAGAAAAAAUCGAUGGGGCAUCUUCACAAGGGAAGUCUUCGUGCUCAGUGAUGUGAUUGCGCAGCUGUGGCUGAACACUGGGAAAAUACAUUCUUUGACCUCCAGAAGCAAAACUGCCUGUUCCCUUUCACAGCAAAACUCCGCUUCUUUUUCUUCUGUUUAACCUGAACAAUAUACAACCGGUUGGAGACUUUCCCUUCAGAUUAUGUUAAACUCUGACUCCUGCGCAAAACAAAGGCUUCACUUCCAUUUUUCAGAUUUUAAGCAAUCAUAUUUUCAAUUUAUAUAUUGUAUUUCUUAAUAUUAUGACCAAGAAUUUUACUGGCAUUAAUUUUUCAGUGUAGCUUGGUUAGAAUAAUCAUCCAGAUGAUGCAUUAUUGUUACACUACUAUUAACUAGGCUUGAAUAUCAGUGUUUCUUUGUGUUAAAUGUAUACUUGUAAAUAAAAUAGCUGCAAACCUUA